UUUAGUUGACCAAACUGGAAUUCGCCAACUUUUUAUACGUGGAGCAAAUCUAUCUAGCAAACGUAUUUACCAGAUGUUGGAUUUAAACAUGUUGAUGUUAUUUCUGUUUUGAGUAGAUUAGUGUGCCAUUGCAAACAAGUCUUUCAAAACUCAUUGGACAGCUCUUCCCCUUCCUACAGGACAAUGAGCAGAAACAUUCCUCCCCAAGCAACAAGGCGUUUUUCGGUGCCAAAUAGUGGAAUUAUCUUUACUGGUCAAGUCAAUCACCUGACCUGAACAAUAUUGAGCAGGUGUUUCACCUGCUGAGCACAAGACUGGAGGUGAAAAUUACCCUGAAAUAAGCAGGAAUUGAGGAUUACUGCGUUACAGGUCUGGCAGAGCAUCACCAGGGAACAUACCUACCGUCUGGUUUGUCAAUGGAUCGCAGACUUCAGCUAGUUAUCGAAACCAAAGGUUUUGCAAACAAGUACUAAAUUAUGUUAAUACAUAUUAUGUUAAUGUGUUAAAUAACUUUUGGUUCCCCUAAAAUCUACAGUAUUUAGUGAGACACAUCGAGAACAUAUUCUCGUUUGCAAGUGUGACGUAAUGAUACAGUUUAAAAUAAAUGUAUAAUUUAGGUCGACUUGUAUUUACUGAUUAUUAUUUAGGACAAAUAUGGGCUAUUUUUCAAGGCUUGAGUGGACGUUCUGGUAGAAACCUCUGUGCGCCCCCGAAAACCGCCCCUGUUGCUUGCGGAACCAUUUACAUUCCAAUAUUAUUACCCCUGAGCCUCGCGUGUCUGUCAACAACGAAAUAAAAAUUUGUCCAAUGACUGCAUCGACGAAAUGGACAUCUAGCUCAGCCGGUAACAAUUCUAAAGAUCGAAGUUAUUUGCUUUAGCUAGCUUCGACGUCGGUGAGUCUUAAUUGCCGUACUGUAGGGGAGAAAGGCAACGGGAAUAUUUUUUUCUCCCUGUCACCGCAAACCACCUCGGUUCGGAUUCAAUGGCUGAACAGGGUCAGUUUGAGGUAGACACGCUAUUGGACAUGCCGGCGCCUGGGCAAACGAGGACGGGGAGAGCAGUUGCUCUGGCUCGGCUACUUCACCAGGACUGCACACAUUUGCUGGAUCUAUAUAGGGUGAGGGAGAGCCUCUCAUCAGACCACACCCCAGCGGGCGAUCGCAUCGUCUCGCUCUCUCCGUCCUCACCGGACCUCGGCUUGGAGGAGCAGGUCCAGCUCUUAUACUCAGCCCUGCGGAUGUGCCUGGGUCUGCUGGAGUGCCUCAUCCAGCGAGAGGAUGAAGAGAUGGAGGGCGAGCUGGAGGGCGAUUACGAGCAGGCGAGGAAGACUGUCCGGGACCGAUUGGGCCACCUGCUCCACAGCACCAAAGUCCUGCUGGAGACCGAGGAGGACGUCACCCCAGACCAUGAAUGCACCGAGGAGGUCGAUGGAGUCGUGGGCUCUUUCAGGGCAAAGAUGUGGACCUACCGGGUGUUGUUAGAGCUGACACACUGGGCCGACUCUGCCUCUCAGACCCUCCACGUCCUCCACCGCGAGAGGGAAGGGACAGACGAAAUCUAGUUCCAGUUGCUUCGAAUGGUCUCUAAGUUUAGUGUCAGUCGACUUUCAAUAACAUGCAUAUGACUAAUGUAAUUAGGAGGUACAACUGAGCUCCUCUUACGUGAUACCAGAGUCUUACCGGAUGAUUGUAUUGAAGAAAAUGAGGUGAACCAAUUGCAUUCCUUCGUCAGAUUAGGGUUGCAAAAUUAGGCAAACUUUUCCAUUUUUUUAUUUUAAUUUUAAUUUUUGGGAAUCCUCCAAUCGGGAUUUUGGGGGUAAACCAAGGAAUGAAUUGAAUGUUCCUGGGAAUUUUGCAACCCAUGUCAGAAAGGUUGGGCAAAUCGGUUGUUCUGUGAAUGAUGUGUUGAUCUCUUUUUUUAAAUUUAUGUAGUCUAUUUAUUUAAUUACUUAAUGGUGAGAAAUGUAACUAUAUUUCCUCCUUUCGUUGGAGUUUAGAGUAGAAGAGGCUUGGUUGAAUCAAUCUAACAUGCUUUAACUAACACUGCAGACUAAAACAAACUACUAGAAUGUAACCAAAGAAAUUACUGAUCAACUGUUACUGUGAAAAUGAAUCGUACUGACUGAUGGAAGAUUGCUUUUCAUGCUCUUGCACCAUGUACUGUCAACAUAUCUCCAGAUUCUUCAUGAUAUACUGAUUAUGCAUAUUUUUAUUUUGUUGGUCAGGCAAGUUUAGAAAAGAAACUGUGACAAGUUUUGUGUUGUUGCAUGUCAUUUUAAUAUCCAUGUGGCUAUUUACAUACAGUGGGCUAAUUGUACAUUCUACAUACUUGAAAAUGCUGCUACAUCUGUUUUAACUUACUGACUGUUACAUUUCAUCUAAUAUUACUCACUAGCCACUCGAAUGUAUGUGUAGCCAAAACUGUCACCCUCCUUCACUGUUGAAUGUCUGACACGUGUCUGAAACACUGACUGAAUAUUAUGAAAAUGUAUGUGCAUGGCCACCAAUCUGUGCCGUUUUGUGUUGUCAUUGUGAGUUUGUAUCUUGUCAUAACAUUUUCUGUCAAAUAUUUGGACUUGCACUGAAUAUUAAAAUGAAUAGUAUCCACA